UGUGCGGGUAAUGUGCACUACUCUUCGCACCAUCAGCAGCAGCACCAGAAUCAUCAUCCCUGGAAUGUGAAGGAUGGUUGGGUAACGCUCGAGGCUGUUCCGUGGUCGGAGAGUAAGGUUUCGAAGUGGCAAGCAGCGAAUGGUGGCGAUGGAACGAAGAAACAUCGUCCAUCUGGCACGGAUAAGUACUGGAAUGCUGCAGGUGAUGGAGGUAUCGAUAGUGAGGAAAAUGGUGGAAGUAAAUACAAACCGAUUGCCGCCAUCUAUCCAACGGGAUCGAGCUCGAUCGGUGCAUCUAGCUACUACCAGGGAGAGCAGGGUGCUGGCGACUCCGCCGAGGAUUAUGGUGGUUACGGAACGAUCAAGAAUCGACCAAAGGCCAAUGGAGUGAAGCAGCCGCAGACGCAGCCGCAGACGCAACCAGACUCACUGUACAACCGGAGAAGACCAGUCGUCACACUGUACAGCGAGCGUCCUGAUGGUCCUCAGGUGGACCGUUGGUAUGAAGGACCUCAGGCAACGGUUGCAACCGCUCCGUCCGCUGAUCCGUACGACACAAUGAAGGCAUAUCAUCAUCAAAAUCAUGGAGCAUCAUCAGGUACGGCCCACCGCGACAUCAUAACCGAUGGACGGCCACCAAAUUUCCCGAAAUUUAAUCCCGAGCAACACGCGGGCGACGUUUACGGCAGUAGCGUCACCGCCUCUGAUCAACGAGUUCGUCCCGUUUCCUACCCGGACCGUGGCAAUGGCGAGUGGGUCCUAAUCUCCACGACGAAAGGAUACCAAUAUCCAAAGCGACGCCAUGGCCAGCGUGCCAUUACGUUCUCACCGGCGACCUCCACGAGUCACCAAACCGUCAAGCUCACCGUACUGCCCAUGAAAAACGCCCUCGAUAUGACCACGUCGCACAACGGACUGAUUGAAGUGUCCUCUUCAACGCAAACGGUUGAGGAUGCGGUCAAGGAGCAACAGCAGCAGCACAACAAGCGGAAAGGACCGACACCGUCUACAAUGUCGCCCGCGGAAGGUAUCAGCAAUGCGUUACCAACGCGACGGAAGCAGAAGAAGAAGCAAUCCUUGGCGGCUGCAGCGGCCGGUGGUGGUUCCUUCUCGGUGAUGCAUCGACGUGAUGCGGCCCAGGACAGUUCGGCAGUGCUGGCAGCGGUUGGUGCCGGUAUGGUACCGGCCACGAUGGCCAUUCUUGCACCGAUGGUACUUGGCAAGAAGAAGUAGUGGUUGUGACGAGCGCGCCAGCUGCUCAU